AUGGUAUUUUUGCAUAACUCGAUACCUUUAACAAGGUCGUUAAUAAAAAAUACUACAAAGAUACUUCUUCAGCCGUCUGUAUCAACUACAAUCCCUAAUACUCAAUAUUCAAAAAGAUUAUUCCAUGCUACAUCUAGAAAACUUAAUAAUAAACCAGAAGAAGAUGAUGCAGCUACACUAGCCGAUAUUACUAAAAGUUUAUCACCAAGUGAUCUAAACUCUUUGAGAAAGAUUAGAAAUAUUGGGAUAUCAGCUCAUAUUGACUCUGGUAAAACAACAUUUACUGAAAGAGUUUUAUACUAUACCGGUAGAAUUAAAGAUAUUCAUGAAGUUAGAGGUACUGAUCAAGUAGGUGCCAAAAUGGAUUCAAUGGAUUUGGAAAGAGAAAAGGGGAUCACUAUUCAAUCAGCUGCCACAUUUUGCUCCUGGCAAAAAGAUGAUAAAGAAUACCACUUUAAUUUAAUUGAUACACCCGGCCAUAUUGAUUUUACCAUUGAGGUUGAAAGAGCCUUGAGAGUUUUAGAUGGUGCUGUCUUGGUUGUCUGUGCAGUUUCUGGUGUACAAUCACAAACUGUAACUGUGGAUCGUCAAAUGAAGAGAUAUAAUGUUCCUAGAAUCAUAUUUAUAAAUAAAAUGGACAGAAUGGGUGCAAAUCCAUUUAGAGCAAUUGAGCAAUUGAACUCUAAGUUGAAAAUACCAGCAGCUGCAAUUCAAGUACCUAUUGGUGCUGAAUCUGAAUUAAAAGGUGUUGUUGAUAUUAUUAAUCGUGAAGCAAUUUAUAACAAGGGUGUAAAGGGUAACACUAUUGAAAAAGGACCAGUUCCAGAUGAAUUGAAAGAAUUAGUUGAAGAAAAAAGACAAGUGUUAAUUGAAACCUUAGCUGAUGUUGAUGAAGAAAUUGCCGAAUUGUUUUUAGAGGAAAAAGUUCCUUCUGUUGAACAGAUUAAAAAUGCUAUUCGUCGUACAACCAUCGCACGUACUUUCACUCCUGUAUUAAUGGGUACUGCUCUUGGUAAUACAGGUGUUCAACCUGUUUUAGAUGCCGUCGUUGAUUAUUUGCCAGAUCCUGCAAAUAUUUUAAACACUGCUUUGGAUGUUGACAAUAAUGAGGCAAAAGUUAAUUUAGUUCCAUCCAUAGAUAAGCCCUUUGUAGGUUUAGCAUUUAAAUUAGAAGAAGGUAAUUAUGGUCAAUUGACAUAUAUUCGUGUCUAUCAAGGUAGAGUUAGAAAAGGUGAUUACAUUACCAACGUCAAGACUGGUAAAAAAAUUAAAGUUUCAAGAUUGGUAAGAAUGCACUCUGAAGAAAUGGAAGACGUCAAUGAAGUUGGCUCUGGUGAAAUCUGUGCUACCUUUGGUAUUGACUGUUCUUCUGGUGAUACUUUUACUGAUGGUAAAGUUAGAUACUCCAUGUCAUCGAUGUAUGUUCCAGAUUCUGUUAUUUCUCUAUCAGUAACUCCAGAUACUAAGAGUUUGACUAAUUUUUCUAAAGCCUUAAAUAGAUUCCAAAAGGAAGAUCCAACUUUUAGAGUUUAUUUCGAUCCAGAGUCAAAAGAAACGAUUAUAUCAGGUAUGGGUGAAUUGCAUUUAGAAAUUUACAUUGAAAGAAUGAAACGUGAAUAUAAUGUUGUUUGUAAAACAGGUCAACCACAAGUCUCUUAUAGAGAAUCUGUUAAUGGCGGAGCUGAAUUUGACUACGUUCAUAAAAAACAGUCUGGUGGUGCUGGUCAAUAUGGUAGAAUUAUUGGUAAUUUUUCAUCUUAUGAAGACGCUAGCGGUAAUAGAAACGAAAACAUAUUCGAAACUGCUGUUGUUGGUGGACGUAUUCCAGAAAAAUUCCUUGCUGCUUGUAAAAAAGGUUUUAUUGAAUCUUGUGAAAAGGGUCCAUUAAUUGGUCAUAAAGUUCUCGGUGUGAAAAUGUUGAUUAAUGAUGGUGCCACUCAUGCCGUUGAUUCUAAUGAACUUUCUUUCAUGACAGCUACAAAGCAUGCCUUCCGUAAAUCAUUCUUGGAAAGUGAUCCAAUUAUUUUAGAACCAAUCAUGAACUUAGUUGUAACUUCACCAACUGAAUUUCAAGGUAACGUCAUUGGGUUAUUGAAUAAGUUGGCUGCCGUGAUUCAAGAUAAUGAGAGUGGACAUGAUGAAUUUGUUGUUAAAUCAGAAUGUACGUUAAGUACAUUAUUCGGGUUCGCAACUUCAUUAAGAUCAUGCACUCAAGGUAAGGGUGAAUUUACAAUGGAAUUUAGUCAUUAUGCACCAAACUCCAAAACAAUGUUCAAAAAGAACUGA